UAGAAAAAUUCAAGAAGAACAUCUUCUUUGUUCCUGUUUCAAAAAGGUCUCCUAGCCUGAGUGCUAUUGUACAACAACUAUACAAGCAGAAAAGGCAGGACGUGCCUGUUCUUAUUAACGAAGCAGAUGCAACCAUCCACUUGGAACAACUGCUGAAUCAAAUAGGAGGAAGUCCUAUAUUACUGGUUCUGGAUGAUGUUUGGCCUGCAUCCCAGUCCCUUGUUGAGAAUUUUGUACUUUUCCGAAUACCAGAUUAUAAGAUUUUGGUUACAUCAAGAUCCCCAUUACCAAGCCUUGGCCCAAUUGCUUGUCAAUAUGAGUUGAAUUCAUUGAAUGAUAAAGAUGCAAUGACCCUUUUCCAUCAUUGGGCAUCCAUGGAAGAUGAGAGCUCUCAUAUACCUGAUGAUGUUGUGAAAAAGAUAGUGGAUUCCCAUAAGGUAAUCCCUCUUGCCCUUAAAGUUGUCGCUGGAUCACUGAGUGGUCAGCCUGCAGAUGUUUGGAUGAGAAAAAUGAAAGAAUGUUCUGACGGUUCAUCAUUGUUUAAGAAUGAUUCCUACAACAUUUCGGCAAUGUUGCCAAAUUUAAAGGAACUAUACGUGGAGUAUUGCCAAAAUUUGGGGGAACUGCCAGCUGGGGUCUGUGAUAUCACACCCCUGCAAAACAUUAGCAUCACAAACUGUCAUCAGCUGUCUGCACUGCCUGAUGAAAAGGGAAAGCUGGUUGAUCUAGAAGUACUGAGGCUUAGGUCUUGUAUAGAGUUGCGUGGCUUGCCGGAAUCUAUCAGGAACCUCUCUAAUUUGUUUCUUCUGACUGCAUCAGCAUUCAGAACUUGCCUGAAGAUGUUAAUGGGUCGUGCAGUUUAAGAAAGCUUGGUGUGAAAACAAUGCUACCACCACCAUGUUGGAAUACCGUAGGCAGGUUAAAAGGAAAUUAAUGACGCUUGAUGAAGAGGAAAAAAUAAGUAGAAGUGUGCCAAAUUUCACAAACAUAGCUAAGAGGUUGGUCAAAAAACAGAUAUAAACUCGAGUGAAAGAUUAUGUGAGUGUGAUUGUGUGCUAUUUUGUAAGCUUAUGUAAUUGUGUGCUUUUUUGGA